AUGGCCUUGCUAACCAGCGCCCAAGUCUCCUCACAACCUAGAUACAACGAAAUCGGCGUGCAACUGCUGAGCGCUCAUGUGUUCAACCAAAUAUUCCCCGACGGCUGCGAGCCGCCCCCCGAAGAGCUUGUCAAGCUGUCAAAGGAUCAUUUAAAACGCCAUGACCUUCUGGGGAAGAACACCGACAAUUCCAGACCCAUCGCGUUCGACUUGCCACAACUGCAGGGACGUACUCUCGAUGAGCACUUCCACAAACUUGGCUCCGACAGUGCGGACCCGUACCUUGCGUACGCCAAACAAUUCGCCCUAGCUAGUGCUCCUCCAAAGCCCAGAAAAUGGGUUCGCCGUAGUGGAUGGACGAAAUAUUAUCCCGAUGGAAGAAACGAGCCCGUCGACGUUCCCGAAGAGCACAUGUUGUGCUUCGAUACAGAAGUCAUGUGGAAGGAAAGUCCAUUUGCUGUCAUGGCCUGCGCCUCAAGUCCCACGGCUUGGUAUGCAUGGCUGUCUCCUUGGCUGUUGGGAAAGUCGAAGAAUCAUCGCCACCUUAUACCCCUUGGUGACCCUGCCAAAGAGAGGGUCAUUGUGGGACACAACGUCGGAUACGACCGUGCCAGGGUGCUGGAGGAGUACGAUAUUGCGCAGUCCCGAAAUGCGUUCAUCGAUACAAUGUCCCUUCACGUCGCUGUCAACGGCAUGUGCUCGCAACAGAGACCAACAUGGUUAAGGCACAAGAAGAAUCGCGAACUUCGAGAUCGGGUUGCGAGCCAAACCCCCGACAACGACCUUGCAGAACUCUUGACCAGCAAAAGUGUGCAUGACGAAGAGGAACUCUGGGUGGAGCGUAGUUCGAUAAAUUCCCUGCGUGAUGUGGCCAAGUUUCACCUCAAUGUGUCCAUCGACAAGGCCGUGAGAGAUGAUUUCGGCGAACUUGAUCGCAAGGGCGUCUUGGCCAAGUUGGACGAAUUGAUGGACUAUUGUGCUGCGGAUGUGGCCAUCACACAUCGCGUUUACCAGAUUGUGUUCCCCAAUUUUCUCGAGGUCUGCCCUCAUCCGGUCAGCUUCGCGGCCCUACGUCACUUGGCAUCCGUCAUUCUACCCGUCAACAAGUCGUGGGAUGCGUACAUUGCGAACGCUGAAGCUACAUAUCAUAAGCUAUCUGAUGCCGUUCAGGAACGUCUCAUUGAAUUAACCGAGAAGGCGCUGGGGAUUAAGGAUGACAUGGACAAGUGGCAAAACGAUCCCUGGAUGAAGCAAUUAGACUGGUCUGGACAGGAAGUUCGCAUGGUCAAAGGGAAACGUAAGAACGAUCCACCACGCCCCGCGGCCAGGCAGAAGAAACCGGGGAUGCCACAGUGGUACAAAGACCUGUUUUCAACAAACGAUUCGCCCAUCAACGUCACAGUUCGCACGCGGAUAGCGCCUCUGCUUCUUAGGCUGGCCUGGGAUGGCCACCCCUUAUUUUGGUCGGACAAGUACGGGUGGACUUUUCGAGUUCCACGAGGCGAAUCAGCAAAGUACAAGGCAAAGCAGAUGGUCAAGUGUACAUUUGACGAAACGGAGCUUGCUCUCAGGGACGAUGAAGACCACGACUAUUUCAAGCUUCCACACAAGGAUGGUCCGACAGCCCGAUGCGCCAAUCCUAUGGCAAAAGGAUAUCUGCGUUACUUUGAGAAGGGAACACUGUCGUCACAAUACGAAUAUGCCAAAGAAGCUCUUGAAAUGAAUGCUUCAUGCUCUUACUGGAUAAGCGCGAGAGACCGGAUCAUGUCUCAAAUGGUGGUGUAUGAAGAAGAUAUUCCCAAGGGCCAGGCCUCGACACGACGACGACGGGUCAAGCCAAAGGCAGAUUCUCAAGGUUUCAUCUUGCCCCAAGUCAUUCCCAUGGGGACGAUCACCAGGCGGGCAGUGGAAAAUACGUGGCUGACGGCAAGCAAUGCAAAGAAGAACCGCGUUGGUUCUGAACUAAAGGCCAUGGUGAAGGCUCCUGCGGGAUACUGCUUCGUAGGGGCUGACGUCGACUCCGAGGAGCUCUGGAUUGCUAGCCUGGUUGGGGAUGCGACAUUCAAAAUCCAUGGUGGAAAUGCUAUUGGGUUCAUGACACUAGAAGGCACAAAGGCAGCGGGUACGGACUUGCACUCACGGACAGCCGGCAUCUUGGGAAUCACGAGAAACGACGCCAAGGUGUUCAACUACGGCCGUAUUUAUGGUGCCGGCUUGAAGUUUGCGGCAACGCUGUUGCGACAAUUUAAUCCCAGCUUGUCCGAGAGUCAGACCAUGGAAGUGGCCUCGAAGCUGUAUGCCAAUACCAAGGGCACAAAGACGACUCGCAAGAUAGUUCAUAGUAAGCCAUUUUGGAGAGGCGGUACGGAGUCCUUCGUCUUCAAUAAGCUUGAAGAGUUUGCCGAGCAAGAACGACCGCAGACACCAGUUCUCGGAGCUGGAAUCACAGAAGCUCUGAUGAGCCGCUUCAUUAGCAAAGGUGGCUACCUCACAUCGCGAAUCAACUGGGCCAUUCAAUCCUCCGGAGUCGACUAUCUGCACCUGCUUAUCGUCUCGAUGGAUUUUCUGGUUAGGAGGUUCAACAUUGACGCUCGUCUAGCCAUUACUGUCCAUGAUGAGAUUCGAUACCUUGUCAAAGAAGCGGACAAGUACCGCGCCGCCAUGGCUCUCCAGGUUGCCAAUGUCUGGACUCGAGCAAUGUUUGCUCAGCAAGUUGGCAUCCAUGACCUCCCCCAAUCUUGCGCGUACUUUUCAGCGGUCGAUAUCGAUCAUGUCCUGCGCAAGGAGGUAGACAUGGACUGCAUUACUCCAAGUCACCCCACGGCAAUCGCGCCCGGCGAAAGCUUGGACAUGAGCGCACUGCUGGAGAAGGGGUCAGAGGCGAUGCUAGACCCCACGAUCAUUCCAGACGCGAGGUGUGCACCCCGGCCCGAACAGUACAAGUAUACCCCUCGCGUUCCAGUGAUGGAGACAAUGCAAGACGCUUCCGGGCAUGGUUUGUCUUUCAUCAAAGCACAAAUCAUCGACAGCGAUGCCGAGCUUGGGAGCAUGGUAAAGAACAUGAGGAAGGCGGAAUCAGCAGCAGGCGCCAACAAGGAGAAGUCGGUGUCUAAAAGAAGACUGACAAAUGUGCUGCCAUACCACGCCCAGCCGCAACUAAUCCCCAUGGAAGAGCCCAUUUCUGUCUCAGAGGCGCUGCGCACCAAGUAUCGAAGUGGAGAGGAUGGCAGGAACAGGUGGUCGUGGCCCAGGGUGCCUAGCAAGGGCUCGAGGACAAGCACGGGGUUGUAG